CAAUUUCCCCAUUCUACCCCGUCAUGAUGUCGAAGAGACAAGCUGAGCUGUCGCUUGAGGACGACCUUACGGCAGGCUCCCCUGCCUCGAAGAGGGCGCGCGUGGAGGAUGAUAACCUGCCGGAAGACGAUCCGCGCCGUGGAGCUUUGCCGAUUCGCGGGGCGACAGGACAAGAGCUGGAGCAGGAUGAGCGCAGUGGGCAGAAUGUGCUUGCAGCUGCUGACCAAGAGAGGGAAGAGCUAAAAGAAGCUGCGCAAGACAAAGGCUCCGACUCCUCCGACGAGGCCGGCGAUGACGACAAACCGGUUAUCGCAGCCCCGAAACGCCAGAGCGCCCCCAUGGAGGGCUACGGCGACCUGUACCUCGAUACGAUCAACCGCGAAAUUCUCGACUUUGAUUUCGAAAAACAGUGCUCGGUGAGCCUGUCGAACAUUAAUGUAUAUGCUUGUCUGGUGUGCGGCAAAUACUUCCAAGGCCGAGGGCCCAAGUCGCAUGCGUAUUAUCAUGCGCUCGAGGUUGGACACCAUGUCUUCGUCAAUAUGGGUACGAAGAAGGUCUACGUUCUCCCGGAAGGAUAUGAAGUCAGGAAUCAGAGUCUGGACGACAUCAAGUAUGUCGUUGACCCGUACUACAACAAGGAAGAGGUGGCAAAGCUAGACAAAGAGGUCCACGACGCAUUCGAUCUUGCAGGAAGUCGUUACAGGCCUGGCUUUGUGGGGAUGAAUAACAUCAAAGCCAACGAUUAUCUGAACGUGGUGGUCCAGCUCUUAGCUCACGUCUUCCCCAUCCGCAAUUACUUCCUGCUGCAUGACUUUCCUCAACCAGGAACGCCUCAACUAGCCCUCCGCUUUAGCACCCUGGUCCGGAAACUAUGGAACCCCAAGGCAUUCCGCUCCCACGUAUCUCCGCACGAAUUGUUGCAGGAGAUUGCUCUGCGCUCAUCUAAGCGUUUCACCCUCACACAGCAGUCCGAUCCGGUGGAUUUCCUAUCCUGGUUCUUGAACAACCUUCAUCUCUCACUCGGAGGCUCCAAAAAGCCAUCCAAAACACCUACAAGUGUUAUCCAUGCCGCAUUCCAGGGUCACCUGAGGAUCGAAAGCCAGGCUAUCACAGCUCAUUCAGAUACCCAAAACGCGCGCCUAGUGUUCACUGAGUCGGGCAGCAUCAACAGCCAAACAACCCCUUUCCUCAUUCUUACCUUAGAUCUACCACCCACUCCUCUCUUCCAAUCCGCUAACCGGGAAUCCAUUAUCCCCCAAGUUCCCCUGACCACGCUCCUGAACAAGUACAAUGGCAUCACUGCAUCCGAAAAGCUGGCCCACAGAGUCCGACACCGGCUCCUUCACCCCCUGCCACCUUAUCUCCUGUUCCACAUCAAGCGUUUCAGCAAGAACCGCUUCGUCUCCGAACGAAACCCCACAAUCGUCACCUUCCCAUCCCCUCGUUCCCUGGACAUGUCACCCUAUGUGGAGCCAAACCCGAAUAUCUGGCCCCCAGGCGAACCGAUCCUUUACGAUCUGGUCGCAAACAUUAUCCUCGACCCCACCGUUGCGGCCCCAGGUGCUCACGAGGAAGCCGCCGCAGACAAAGGCGUCAACGCAGCGAGCGGCAAAGCCUCAUCAGGAGCUGGUGCCGCAAGUGAGAAAGUCUCUUGGCUCGUUCAACUGCAUGACAAGGCCAUGUCAGCAGAGAAUAGCCGUCUUCAGAAGGAUCAUACAGGCGAGCAGCGUGGACCCGAGUGGCUGGAGAUUCAAGACUUGUUUGUCAAACGGGCAGAAAGCGAAACACUGUUCACGAAGGAGGGUUACUUGAUGGUGUGGGAGCGUCGGAAGGUCCCGGGCAUGACGAAUCGCAAGGGGAAAAACCCGGCUAAAUGAUAUCGGACUGUUUACAGACGUGGAAUCUUGUUGAACACUGCUAAUGGUCCCAAUUAUAAGCCGUAUAAUGGAGGGCCUACUGUAUAAUUAAGAACUUACGAUGAUGAUAGAGAU